AGGGGGAAGCUGAACAGGAUAAAGCCAGGAUCAGCUCCCACAACUGCUGAUUUUUAAUUUUUUUUUAAGAUUUCAUUUAAUUUCAUUCCAUCUCAUUGUUAUCAUUUUUUUUUCAAACAUUUUUAGGACACUAUGAAAGCCAGUGCAUUUCGGAUGCAUUCCUGCUGCUGCCUGGGACUAUGAUUUAUCAAUGCUCGCAGCUUUGUUCUCAUGACACACUUGCACUCAUUCAGUCGCAUCAAAACAGAAGAGAGUGGUGAUUUAACUUUCUUGCAUCUUCGACGAUUCCAGCUGCUGCAGGUACUUUCUGCACUUGAGUGGCUGCCCUGCUGUGUGUAGGUGUUGAAGCAGCCAUGUGGAGCAGAGAGAGCGCUCCUCUACUUCUCAUCUGCCUGCUGGCGCUCACAGCUCUCUGGAAAACCAGGUCAGUGAAUGCCGAUGCCACAUCUGAUGCCUUUAAAACCAACAUCACCCUGUUCACACGGAUCCUGGACAGUCUGCUGGAUGGAUAUGACAACCGUCUACGGCCAGGUCUUGGGGACAGGAUCACUGAGGUGAAGACAAACAUCUACGUCACCAGCUUCGGACCAGUUUCAGACACAGACAUGGAGUACACCAUAGACGUUUUCUUCCGGCAAAGCUGGAAGGAUGAGAGGUUGAAAUUUAAUGGACCAAUGAAUAUUCUUCCGCUUAACAACCUGAUGGCAAGUAAAAUCUGGACUCCGGACACCUUCUUCCACAACGGGAAAAAGUCCGUGGCUCAUAACAUGACCAUGCCUAAUAAACUGUUGAGGAUCAAAGAUGAUGGGACACUGCUGUACACCAUGAGGUUAACUGUGCAUGCAGAGUGCCCAAUGCAUCUGGAGGAUUUCCCCAUGGACUUUCAUUCCUGUCCACUAAAAUUUGGCAGCUAUGCCUACACAAUCUCAGAAGUGACUUAUGCUUGGACUCGAAAUGCCUCCGACUCUGUGGUGGUGGAAGGAGAAAGCUCCCGCCUGAACCAGUAUGACCUGCUCGGACAAACGGUCGGACAAGAAACUAUCACAUCGAGUACAGGUGAAUACAAGGUGAUGACGACUCAUUUCCAUCUGAAAAGGAAGAUUGGCUACUUUGUUAUCCAGACGUACCUCCCGUGCAUCAUGACAGUCAUUCUUUCCCAAGUGUCUUUCUGGUUGAAUAGAGAAUCAGUGCCGGCGAGGACUGUGUUUGGUGUAACCACUGUUCUCACGAUGACGACUCUGAGUAUAAGUGCGAGGAACUCCCUGCCCAAGGUUGCCUACGCCACUGCCAUGGACUGGUUCAUCGCUGUCUGCUACGCCUUCGUCUUCUCGGCUUUGAUCGAGUUUGCCACCGUCAAUUACUUCACAAAGCGCGGCUGGGCUUGGGAUGGAAAGAGUAUUGUGACUGACAAGAAAAAAGAGAGGGCAUCUGUCACCAAGAAGAAUAAUGCCUACGCUGUAGCAGUGGCCAACUACGCGCCGAACAUCGCCAAGGACUCCAGCACCCUACCAACUAUUGCCAAAGGUGGAGCUUUUGAUCCUAACAAGCCCAGAGCCGACGGCAAAGUCCCAGACAGCAAGAAGACAUUCAACAGCGUUAGCAAAAUCGACAGGAUGUCAAGGGUUCUGUUUCCGGUUCUCUUUAGCAGCUUCAACCUUGUCUACUGGGCCACCUACCUAAACAGAGAACCCAUUAUAGAGGACAUGGUCCCCUCUACUUAGAGGCCAGUUUUAAUGGGUUCUGGUCUGGGGUCUAAGAGACGAACCAAAUACCUCCAGCAACUGUGUACACAUACCUUUGCAGAGUGAAGUCCUGGAUUGCAGUGUGAUCCUCUAUCUCCGCCUGUUUUCUACACCGUCUGCAGCACUUUUGAAAAGCCCAGCUUUUGUAAAUGUGUAUGUAUAUUUAUAUUCAUGGUGACAUAUCGUGUGAUUACUUUGAUUAGAGUGCAUAUUUCCUUGAAAGUAUGUUUCCCGUUACAGUAUGUGGCCACUGUACAUACAAAUCAAAUGAAGAAUUAACACAUAAACAUGAACACAUACAUUUUAUUUAUUUCUAAAUGUGUUGAAUUUAGCUGGUAAUGCCCACUCUCUUGAUAUUACAGUAUAUCUUUUUUUAUUUUGAGUGAAAGGGACUGAUUUAUCACAUUUCUUAACUUUCUUUACCAUCUAAGAGUGGAAUGACUCUUUUUGUUUCUGUCCAAGCCAAUGCAAAAAGACACUUGUAUUGUUACAGUGUAAAAGUUUUUUUUUUUUCUGUGACUGCAGGUAUGGGGCUGCAAUCAAACGCUGACCUUCAGAAUUAUUGAAACACCCCAAGCCAAAAAGGUUGUAAAACAUAGAGAGGAAGCUGCAACAUUAGUGUGCUUGUACAUGUAAUACCGUUUAGUGCUGUUAACCUGAAGUUUGAAGUGGUAUAAUUUGGAAUUACAGGAAAACAUGAACGUGAAAAACGAAUGAGAAUACUUUACAUUGGGAAGGAAUCAGACAAACAAGAAACAUAAUUACAAAAGAUGCACACAGUGUGUGUGGAGGUAUAACAAUGUAAAACUCAAACAUUUAAGUCAUGAAUGCUUCAUAUAUUUACAUAAAGUCACUAUUGUUUUUAUUCAUGACAUAGAAAAAGCUGAUAUUCAGUCAAAAAAGUGUCAUUACUGGAUUGGACAAAGCUUUGAAUGAUGUGUUUAUACAGGACGUGUAUGCCGUCAAGUUUUGUUAGCGCGGGCAGAGUUUAAGAAAGAAAAUCUUUUUUUUAACUAAAAUAAUCAAAUAAACUAUAUAACUUAGAAGUCAGAAUUACCUGACUUAAUGAUAGAAGGAAAGUGAAUGAGGUGUACCUGUUAUGUAUCAGGGAUUUGAUAAGUCAACAGAAACAUCAUCAACUGAAAUUUAACAUGUAUGAAAAUGCAUUUAUCAAUUUAUAACCUCUAGAGAAAAAAGAUCGGAUCAAGUAUCGUUUGAUAAAGUUAUUUUGCCAACGUAUUAGUGAACAAAGUGCCUAUUUACGCAUCCAACAGACACAGAGCAACAUUAUCAUCACAUUGGACUUUUACACCUUACAAAUGUAAGUCCAGUAUUCACUCUCCUUUGAGCUAUGUUUUGGUCCCCACCAACUCCUGAGGCAAAUAUCUCGCACUUUAGAUGUUUGACUUUCUUCAUCAGCCAGCUAAGUUGCUAACUCUGUCCGUCUGGCAUUUGGUACAGGGCAGGUGGAGUGCAUCCAGGUUCGAAGCUUACAGUAAAUGUACAGCUUUAAAACCAAAACAAAGAGUAACAAGAGGCUAAAAAGCAACUUAAGAGCUGCUGAGCUCAUUAUGGGUAACCCCUCUCAACUCUUCGUACAUCGUACACAAAAUUAUAAAUACCAUAACCAAAAUAGAAAUAUAUUAAAUGGAAUAUAUUACAUAAGGUGCAAAUCAUUUACACAGAUUUUAAAAGUAUGAAGAAGAACAUGUUGCUGCACAAGCACACUAAUACGCUUUAUUCACAAGUAUUUCUUUUUAAAAUUAUUUUGCACAUUUUUAUUUUCUACUGUAUAUUUAUUUAGCAAAAUUAAAAUCCAAAUAAAUUCAAUUACUACUGUAUCAUUUGAAAGCACACAAACUCCUCACAUAAACAUAAUGUGAAAAUGUAUCUAAAUAUGUAUUUACAGCUUUUUAUUGGCUUACUGGUGGUGGAAGUAACUCUGGAGGACAGUGAGGAUUUGUUGGUGUAGACUAGAGCACCAUGGCAGUACUAAUCAGCAUGUCUGCCAUUAUUUAUAUCCAUUGUCUGGCUCUUCACAACACAUUUCAUGAUCCCACAAGCUAUUUUGAACUAAUUACAGAUAUGACAGGGAUAAAACUGCAAACACAGGACUGUUUUGUGCCAAUAUGAACUCCAAUGAAUCAUGUGUGGAUGAUAGUCACGUUCCUCUGCCAGCAAUUCAUUUGUGUAAUAGGCCUAAAGUGAGAGGAUACAGCCAGGAUUUGGGACUAAAUUCUUUUUUUUAAAUCAUGAAAUUGUCAUAGAUUUAUAGUUUCUUCUCAUAUGUAGUAGCAUUAGUAUGCAGAUUGAUUGUUGUUUACACACUUUGGACUAACUCAGAAGCCAUAUACAGUCAUCAUGUAAUCCAAUUCUAUCAGCAACAAAAUAACAGGGACAACCAAUGAUUGUACUUUAUGAGCAUAUGGCACUGUGGUAAAAAAAAUAAUAAGUAUUGUACAAACCUAUUUUGAAGAUAGGGUUGCUCAAUCACAUUCUCAGCUGGAUGCUGUAAAUCAAGAAGACAAAUCGUGUUCAGCCCCAUAUCAGCAGCCAUAGGCAGUAUGGUACUCUACUGUUAUUGUUUCCUCAUUCAAUGACAUGAUUUUGCUUCAAUCACUAUUUAACUUAAUUUGACUGUUGAAUCAAACUUUGCAUGAUGAAAAAAUCUAGCCCUUUUAUUUAUUCUUUUUGUUUUUGUUUUUACAAAUUAUGUUAGAUAGAAAUUUAUUUUAUUUAAAAUUCUCUCCAACAUCCUGAUAGAAUCUUAAACAUUCCAGAUAAAUGAUUGUUCACGAGGUGUAUGCUUGAUUUAGUGCACAGUUUCUAAUAAAACACAUAUCAUUUCAAUUCUUUA